AUGGCCAGGGCACCUCCGUCUCCAAAAACGAAAAGUACUUUCGGCCCUUCUCUCUCAUCCCCGCGACCCGCUUCCAGGAGCUCAUACACAUCGGCCAAAGCCGCGUGCGAGGACGGCGCAUUCGGUACGAUCACAGCCGAGCCCGGCCCUCGAGUCUCCACAGCACCUAGUAUCGCAUCUACGGCUUCUGCGGGCCGAAAGAGUCUAAAAAGCCAGCUUGGACUGCUGAAGAGAUCCUCGCGUGAAUUCAUGAACGAUAUGGAAAAGCAGACAGAUCGUCUACGGAAAACGAGUAGUUACAACGACAGCCUAAGGCAUAACAUUCCCCGCAAUAGGACCAGCUUGCGCUCUAUGCAUUCUAUGGCUGACGUUGCCGAGGAGGCGCGACUGGAUCAUAUCUCCAAGGACAUCCAUAGUGAUAUUGCGGCCAGUGCCCCGCCUAGCAGAGAACGCCAGUCAUCGCACAGCGCUCGAGGGAGUGUAAGCAGCACACCUGGUGGCAUUGGGAGUGGAAGGGCCAUUCCUGCGCGCGAGUCCUCGUUGCGUCACAGUUUCUCUUCCAGUCCGAGGAAGCGCCGAUCCACUCGUCAUACCAGGUAUUCAUCCACCGCGAGCAGGGAUACGAAAGUUGAGUCCAGCCCCGGCGAAGCGGGCAACGAAGCUGAACAGGUUACGAGGAGAAUCCAAGAAUUGAAGGAUCAGCAGCAUAGAAUAAAAACUGAGUUGGAAACAAGCAACAGCCCAGACAAGCGUAUAAAGGAUUCCUCAACUUGGCAAAGUCAGGCCCUUAGGACAUCAAGCCUCACAAGUCAUCACCCAGCGCCGCGAGAAUAUGCAGAUGCAAAUGGAGCUGCCGUGUUCGAUGAGAGUGCUCCGGCGCCGGCCGUAAUGACCGGGAAGAGCAGAACAACAACGCGAAGUGACUCCCCGCUUACAUCCAAAACUCCCAACUUGCCACUGCUUAGGCAAUCAUUCGAUAAGCCAGAUCAGAAUGAUAAACUCCGCUCCCGACGGUCACUGGAGUCUUCGGCCCAGAAGCGACACCACAAACGUGCCCCAUCCGGGCCUGCGUCUCCAGUCCAUGCUUCGGUCAGCGACGAACGACCGUCGAGUGCUGACUCAAUAGACCUCGCGGUCUUAGAGUAUAUCUCAUCGCCCAGACUUACUCAAAAAGUUCCCCACCCAACAACUGGUCGCGCCAUAGCAUUUUCUGAAGUUGGAGAUCCAAAGGGCCACGUUGUGUUGUGCUGCCUCGGUAUGGGCCUGACCAGGUAUCUGAUGGCGUUUUACGACGAGUUGGCGCGGUCUCUCAAUCUCCGACUAGUGACCUUGGAUCGCCCCGGAGUAGGCGAAAGCGCACCUUAUACAGAGGAGGCAGCAAAUCCUCUCAGCUGGCCUGAUGAUGUUGCAAUCGUGUGUAAUCACCUCAAAGUCAACAAAUUUUCGAUACUGGCUCAUUCUGCUGGAGCGAUUUAUGCGCUGGCAACGGCGUUGAGGAUUCCGCAACAUAUCCGCGGCCGUAUCCACCUUUUGGCUCCUUGGAUCCCACCGUCUCAAUUGUCGAGCAUAGGGCCACAUAAAGAACCGGUGCCUACCAAUGCUGUUCCGUAUUCCCAAAGGAUUUUGCGAGCCUUGCCUGCAUCAUUUCUGAAGGUCGCCAACUCGAGUUUCAUGAGUGCCGCGAGCGCUAGUCUCACAUCCAGUUUGCCGAAAGCUCCUCGCCGCACGCGACGUAAGACAACUUCAAAAGAUAUGUCCCCUGCAGUGGCGACGGAGCCAAAAGGGCCUGGGAGGGCUCAGUCCAAAAUACAUCAACAGGGGGGUGAUAUCAAAGCACUCCAGGAUUUGAAGGUGCCGGUCCUCUCUCAAAGAACAGAUGUCAAGCAGGUCGAAGUCACCACGAGUCAGACAGCCAUAGUCUCAUCCGAAGAACGCGAACGCCAGAGCGACUAUGAUAAUAGGCUGACGCACAAGAUAUGGGAACUGGCCACCACGAACGCAAACCCGGCAGUUGAUCUUUUAGUCUGCCUAGAACGCCGCCAAACGAUUGGAUUCCGCUAUGUGGACAUUACUCGCAAUGUUGUCAUCCACCAUGGAAGUCGAGAUACUCGUGUUCCAGUCGACAAUGUCCGUUGGUUGGGUAAAGGCAUGCGACGUUGCGAAGUUCGAGUCCUCGAGGGCGAAGGUCACGGAUUAAUGGCUUCUGCCACAGUCAUGGGUAAUGUGCUGAUGGAGAUCGCCAAAGAAUGGGAGGACUGGAUGACUGUGGUCCAGGGCAGGCGACGAGGGACAGUGGGACCGCGUCCGGGUUUCGCAUUGCCAACAUGA